GGCUCCCCUGCCCCCUGGGCUCUGUUUGCCCUUCCUCCCUCCGGACCAGCCCGGGCCGGACGGGGAGGACGGGGUCUCCCCUGGAGCGGAUCAGCUGUCCCCUUGGCUCUGAGCCUCUGGGGUCCAGUGGGGUGGGGACCUGCUGACUGACCAGUGAGCACAGACACGGGGAGCAGGGGCACAGCGAGGGUCCCGCAUCGUGGGGGCGGUCUGCCGACCUCCAAGAGCGGCCUCAUCUGGUCUCCAUCCCCGCAUGGGGCCUGUGGUCAACCCAGGGGUCUCAGCAUUUUCUCGGUGGACACAGAGACAGCCGCUGCGCAGGAAGGGAAGUCCCUGAAACUCCGAGGCUCGGAAAGUUCUCCAGGCUGCGGAGCUGAGGUCGCGGCUGAUGGGGACGCCCCCCAGAGGGGACGCUAGGCUUGAGCAAAGGGGCCGUGGCUGGAGGUGUGGGACCUUAGGGAGCUGUGGGGCGUCUCGACAGGCCAAGCCAGACCAGAGGGGUGGGCACCAUUCGGGAACCAACGAGGGGACGCCCUCUUCCCUUGGCAAGGCCAAGGAUGCAGCCCUCGCCGGCGCCCAAGGAGGCCGAGCACAGAGCACCGCGGGAGCGAGCCGGGAAGGACGCGCAGGGCGCAGGGUCCCCUGAGAAGCGCGCCAAGGGGGCACCCGCAAGGGAGCACCCCAAGCUGGGCUGGGCCCUGACGGAUGAGGAGCUCGCGGCCAUGACCCCCGCGCAGUGCCGCCGCCACCUGCUCUUCAGCGAUUUGCUUGAGGACGUGGGCACGACCCCCUACAUCCUCCCGCGCGAGUCGGCAGAGCUGGGGUACGGCAUGCCGGACCCACUGGGGUGGGCGCAGUCGCUCGAGCCGCCGACGGCGCGCCAGGACCGGCUGCUCGGCGUCCUCAAGGCGGCCGAGGCCCGCGGACGACUCCGCGCCUUGCGGCUGCGCUACACCCGCAUGCGGGCGGAGGAGAUCUCGCUGCUCAUCCAGCAGCAGAAGUCCGCGCGCGCCGCCAUCCGGCUGGAGAUGUUCCUGCCGCCGCAGCUGAGACCCACGCGCAUCCCGGACUCCCUGGACCGCCAAGAGCGGCGGCGCGUGGAGACCAUGCUGGAGGAGAAAAUCGAUGGGGGCAAUCUCUGCGGUUACAGCAACCGCUUGCUGCGCGACCCUCCCGCAUAAAGUUCUCACUCUCCAAACGCCUGCUGGUCUUUACGCUGGGCUCUGGGUCCCCCUGGAGGGAAGGGUGGGUACGGACGCUGCCUUU